ACCGAGGGGGAGGGCGGGAGGAAGCAGGACAUCGGGGACAUUUUACAGCAAAUUAUGACCAUCACAGACCAGAGUUUGGAUGAAGCGCAGGCCAGAAAACAUGCUUUAAACUGCCACAGAAUGAAGCCCGCCUUGUUUAAUGUGUUGUGUGAAAUCAAAGAAAAAACAGUUUUGAGUAUUCGGGGAGCCCAAGAAGAGGAGCCCACAGACCCCCAGCUGAUGCGACUGGACAACAUGCUGCUAGCUGAGGGGGUGGCAGGGCCCGAGAAGGGAGGAGGCUCGGCAGCGGCGGCGGCAGCAGCGGCAGCUUCCGGGGGUGCAGGUUCAGACAACUCGGUGGAGCAUUCUGAUUACAGAGCCAAACUGUCACAGAUCAGACAAAUCUACCACACGGAGCUGGAGAAGUAUGAGCAGGCAUGCAAUGAAUUCACCACCCACGUGAUGAACCUCCUUCGAGAGCAAAGCCGGACCAGGCCCAUCUCCCCAAAGGAGAUCGAGAGAAUGGUCAGCAUCAUCCACCGCAAGUUCAGCUCCAUCCAGAUGCAGCUCAAGCAGAGCACGUGUGAAGCAGUCAUGAUCCUGCGCUCCCGGUUUCUGGAUGCGAGGCGGAAGAGACGGAAUUUCAACAAGCAAGCCACAGAAAUUCUGAAUGAAUAUUUCUAUUCCCAUCUCAGCAACCCUUACCCCAGUGAGGAAGCCAAAGAGGAAUUAGCCAAGAAGUGUGGCAUCACAGUCUCCCAGGUAUCAAACUGGUUUGGAAAUAAGCGAAUCCGGUACAAGAAGAACAUAGGUAAAUUUCAAGAGGAAGCCAAUAUUUAUGCUGCCAAAACGGCUGUCACUGCCACCAAUGUGUCAGCCCAUGGAAGCCAAGCUAACUCGCCCUCCACUCCCAACUCAGCGGGUUCUUCCAGUUCUUUUAACAUGUCAAACUCUGGAGAUUUGUUCAUGAGCGUGCAGUCACUCAAUGGGGAUUCUUACCAAGGGGCCCAGGUUGGAGCCAACGUGCAAUCACAGGUGGAUACCCUUCGCCAUGUUAUCAGCCAGACAGGAGGAUACAGUGACGGACUCGCAGCCAGUCAGAUGUACAGUCCGCAGGGCAUCAGUGCUAAUGGAGGUUGGCAGGAUGCUACUACCCCUUCAUCAGUGACCUCCCCUACAGAAGGCCCUGGCAGUGUUCACUCUGACACCUCCAACUGAUCUCCCAGCAAUCGCAUCCCGGCUGACCCUGUGCCUCAGUUGGGGCAGGGGCAGGAGGGAGGGUUUCUCUCCCAACGCUGAAGCGGUCAGACUGGAGGUCGAAGCAAUCAGCAAACACAAUAAGAGUCUCCUUCUCUUCUCUUCUUUGGGAUGCUAUUUCAGCCAAUCUGGACACUUCUUUAUACUCUCUUCCCUUUUUUCUGGGUAGAAGCCACCCUCCCCUGCCUCCAGCUCUCAGACUGGUUUCUGUCGUCUUCCCUGGCCCUGUUCUCUGUUCUGCACUCCCAGGUUCCUGCCCUCUAUUAUAUCACUGAAGGAUAUUCUCAACAAUUAGAGGAAUUUAAAAAGAAAAAAAAAAACAAAUUACAAAGAAAACAAUAAAACGUAUUUGUAUGUUUUCACGCUGGUGGUUUGAGGAGCCAAAUUUACCUCACUCGGAGCCCUCAUCCCUAUGUUGACAGGCAAUCCUUCUGUCUCUUGUUACUCUCACUACCUCUUAGCAGGAAUAUACCACACUGCCCUACUCAUUCCAGGCCACUCUGUCUCUGUUUGCCCCUUCUUUCUGGGAACAAUCUGAUUUCUUCCUCUUCUUUCUGGUCCCAGGUAUUUGAUGGGGACGGCCAUAGCUGGGCACCUAAAGGUGCCACAUGUCCCAGUGUCGCUCCAUCAGGUUGAGUCCCAGGCAGGAAGACAGGCAGGAGGAGAGGGCACAAGGAACAGCAAGGGCAGGAUUCCUACCAGCUUUCUCGUCCUCUUAGAAACAGCUCUUGGUCUCAGAGGUCUGCAGAGACCAUUCAACACUUGGGCAGCAAUGUUCAGAACCUCACGUGAGUCGGGUCUGAGAGAGGUACCCUGAUGGGCACAUCUGUAAAGAGUGAAGGUGUCUCAUCCUGAAAGGCUUCACUGUCCCUUCCUAGACAUGGGCACACAUACAUACAUAACACACAGGUGGACACGUACAUGACCUAACACCUUUGCUUGGCCAGAUGCUACUCCCCUUCCAUCAGUGACCUCCCUAUGGAAGGCCCUGGCAGUGUCCACUCUGACACCUCCGACUGAUGGCCCAACAAUCUCAUCCUGUGCAAAUGCAUACAUUAGCAAUCCUAGCACUCUAGCUGGUGAGCCUGAGAGAGAAGCAAUAUGUGCCUAGGGCUUCUAGAACCCAUCAGCAUGCACUUACCACAGUGGGACCCACAGGACAUUAUGGGCAUGCAGGUCAGGUUUCCGGUGUAAACAGCUUUCAUUCUCAGCACCUCUGGAGCUCUCAGGGAGCCAUAUACAGGACUUACAAUGUCUAUGAUGGAUUUGGCUGCUUUUUCUGAGUUUUUAUUGUAUGAGCUUUCAAAGCAUUAUAGUGCACUGUGGUCUUGAUCCUGGCUUCUUCCUCUGGAGGAGAGAGUGGUAUCUUAUGUGGUUCAAGUGAACUUUCUACUAAUUAAUUUGAAGGCAUCAGAACCAUAGAGUAAGAGUGAUAGGUUUUGUUGGUGGUGAUGUUGUUGCUGUUGAAAUAAUCACAGUGAUCUAUAUACCAUGGGAUUCAAAGAAAAUACCAUUUACUAAAAAGGUUGUCUUGCUUUUGACUUGAGCUUAAAUUCCCCAGUCAUCUCUGCCAGCCAUGAAGAUGGUAGCCUUGCCAGUAGGUUAAGUGGCAUGUGGUCAGAUAUCUUUGGGGCCUCAUGCCUUUCAUCUAUAAAAUGGGAAUUAUUAUGCUUGGCUCACCAAGGGGCUUGUAAGAGGCCUAAGAAACUGGUUUUGUUUACAUUUAAUCUCUAGGUCUGAUGGUCAAGAAAGCAAUGACCCUGUGAUGAACUGUUUCAUGCCAGGUCAGAGAACCAUACUUGGUUUUCUUGUUCUAAUUUCUGCUUAUGAUCUUGAUGUCAUCACCAUAAUGACAAAGUGUUGUUUUAGAGGCUUUCUGCUCUGAUUUGGUUUUGGUCCAUUAGUCUUCUUAGGAUAGAGAAGAGAUUUGAAACCAGAGUAGAAUUGGUGUUAUUAGCUUCUACUUGAAUCCAAUAUGUGGCCUUGAAAGUCCUUGUCCCUAUCACGACUAUUCUAUUUCAAGAAGUACAAGAGCUUGAGGGCUAAGACACCGGCCCAUAAAGUCACUCACAUUCCACAUGGCCCCACAACGAUGUGUAGGAACAUCCUUCUUGUGUAUUGGGAGGAGUAGGGCAUGCAUCCUGGGAAACGGUUGAGGGCAGGAAUGUUUGAAGAUAAUGCAGAAAGUAAUUAUUUGACAAAUGAAAUUUUGUCUAGCUGAUCCAAGUCACUAGAAAGACGACCAACUAAACCGUGUAUUGCUCAGAUCAGGGUGCCUAGGAGGGACAUCAUCACAAGUCUAUAUGGUGAUGAGAACCAGUGAUCUUUGUCUUUGUGGCAGGAAUAUACUGAAAUCACUCAUACAAGCUUGGUUAGAUCACAUCAUUUAACAUGGAGCAAAUUAUAAGAGUUACUGAAAGGUUCUCUAGGAAGCAAGAACGACUCCAGAUCUGAACCUGAACACAGGAAGUGCCUGAGUGGAACAUGGGAAAGCAGCGAUGCCUUCACACAGACAGCUUCUCUCCAGGCAGUGGUAGCCCCACCCAGAACUUCACUAGGCCUCCUUUAGGUCCAACACUUAGCCCAUAGCCUACUCUCCUUGCCCACUGUCACCUCCAAAAUGGCAGCCCCCAGGUCUCUGUUGUCAAGCAAGGCUAGAGAAAGCUGGCAGCCUCAGGAUAGGAGUGGGAAGAGUGUGCCUCUAGAAAUUCAGCUCAACCUCUAAAAACCAUACCCCAGGAUUCCUUCAUAUUCUAAGUAUAAAUGAGAGUGCCCCCAUUUUCCACAGCAGCAGUUUUCUCCUGAGAAAUGGUAGUUGACCUUGGGUUUGUCACUGUGUGUUGCGUUUUACUGCCUCGUCCUCCUCUGCCCGCUGGAGUAGAAUGGACUCCUGGGCUGCAGUUCUGCCUCCUGGCACCUUCCUUCCAAUUCCUUCCCUGUGGCAGUGGUACUGUAUCGUUAUUAUUAUUAUUAUUAUUAUUAUUAUUAUUAUUAAUUUUUGGUUGCCUUUUCUCACACCUAUCUGCACCUCUUUCCUUCUCUCUUUAGUUUUCUGCCCAGAAAAACCUAACUUCGAUACCAAAAAAAGAUAAAACUACAGAAACUCAAAUUUAAAAAAAAAAACUUAGGAAAAAAAAAAGAAAAAAAAAGAACUCAACAAUUCUUUCAGCUUUAUUAACAUUUUCCAUCGUUUCUUGCGACUUGUGUCUUGUUCUUUGUAGUAUUGAUGAUGAACAUUUGAUAAUGAAUGUUCUUGUAUAUUCAGAUAAAGGAAAAAAAACCAAAAAGGCGGUCUGAAUUUAAUAGUGUUUAUAAUAAAAAUUUUAAAAAUGACCCUCAUAGCACGCAAAACAGGAAGGGGAAGUUUCCCUUCUUUCUGUGACGAUACACAUCACUCCUGCAUUAGUUUUUAACACCAAGCUACCUAUGUUCCUCAUCCCCCCCCCCAUUUUUCUUUUUCUUUUCUUGCAUUUGUGAAUUAGUUCAAGAAUGCUAGAAAAAGUGUCAAGUUGUGUACAUCCAUUUCUUCUUUCACAAUGUUUAAAAGUGACCGUAAUUCAUUUUGUAAGCUAAAAAAAAAAAGGAAAAAAAAUAAAAAAAAUAAGGUUGGAAUAGUGAACAUAAUAGGUACAACCUAACCCUUAUGUUUAUUAAUUUUGAGACCCAGAAAUAAAUUCUUUUCCUUUCUUUAUUCCUGCUCAUAAAAAUACAAAAAAAAAGUUUUGUUUUGUGUUAUUUUGGUUUUGUUUAUUUGAGGGGGGUGCUUUUCUUCACUGUCAGGGUUGUGGGUCUUGCUGGUUAUAUUCUUUAAAUAUGUAUACAAGGUGAUGUGAAAAGGGGUCCCUCAUAGGUGAGGCUGCUUCCUUGUUCUGCUUUGUUUCGGCCAAUGUAAAAAAACAGCGGUAAAGCCCAUGGUCACAUGCCUUUGCUUUCUUGCAUACCCAGGACAUGUGGCACCUCUGUAAUCCCCAAGAUAAGGAGGCAAGGACUUGCUUCCUUAAAAACUCACAGAGCCUGCCCAGGGGCUUUCUUAACACUAGAAAGGAAGACUUUUGCCUUCAUUGAUUCUUAAUGUCUUCCUCUCUCUCUCUGAUUAACGCCAACAGUCCAGAAGAAUGCUUCCAACAAAACAAGAAUUUUUCUCCUGGCAGGACUCCACAGGAGGUACUGCCCUGGUGGGUACCAUUACCAAGUAGAAUAGAUCCAGGAAGCAAGCCCCCUGGGCACAUCCGCUUAGGAUCCAGAAACCCCAGUUCUGGGUGAAGAGUUGGUGAGAUGAUGAGCCAGAGCCAAGGCAGGUUGAAUGCUAAGAAGCUGGUCUCUGAUUCACUGAUGGUGCACUAGUCACUAACCUCCGAUUAGGUUGACUGUUUAAAUUGCAAAGCAGGAUUCAUCAGUAUUAGUUAUAGGGCAAAAGAAAGCCACAUUGUUGGACAGACAUUCAGUUUUGGACAUCACGCAUACAAACAUUCAGGUGAUCAGGAAGCAGACAGAAUUCCAUCCAGAUACAUGAAGGAAAAAAAAAAAAAAAAACAACUCAUAGUUGUGGAACUAUGCUGUAGGAAACAUUCGCCCCUGGAGACAUCUGUGCUCUUGUUUCUGUCAUGAGAAACGAAAGCCAACCUUUUCACAUCACCUCUGUGGUUUCCAGCCGAGCUCAAAGCUUUCUGGAAACUUAUUUUUUUGUAAACUUUUUUUUUUGCCUUUUUGUUAAAAUAAAUAAAACAUUGAAUGUUUCCCCCUCUUUCUCUCUAUUAUGUCUUCCCAUUGGGAGUUUCAUUUUGAAGUGUUUUCCUUUGGUUGUUGGUUUUUAUCCGGCCCCCCUUCUCCCCUUAUUAUUGAGAGUAUAGCCCUGCAAAGCUCUGCUCUGGUUUGGUUUUGAAAGCUUAAGCUUUUCUGCUUCUUCGAGAGCACAGGCUUCUGUCCCCUUUGAUUCCAGCUGAACUUUUGUGUUCUCUAAUGAUACUAACACGAUGUAGGUUUUACAGUCUCCUAAUUUGUACUGGUAAUGCAGAUUCCAAAUAAAUAGUUUCUUUUGUUGCAAAAUAUA